UCAUUCUUUGUGAUUGUCCUGUCCAUCGGACUGUUUUGCCUGACCACUUUGCAAUGGGAAAGCUGCUUGGAAGUGUGGGGUGCAGAGUGCACCCCAUGGCAUUCAUUAUCAUAGCGAGUCUUCUGUUCAGCCUUCUUCUCCUUUCCCCAUCAGUUCAGUGGAUUCCACUCACUGACUUCAGGAUAUUGGCCCAGACUUCCAACUGUAGCUUCCUGGAUUCAAUGGACUCACAUGCUGUUUCCUUGGGCGAGGAUGCAACGGACUUAUCUGUGAAGAGCAUGACUCAUGCCUUGAACAGAUUAGCGGAACGGAUGCACCUACUCCAAGUGAUGCUUGAACGAGACCGAAUCUCUCUCAAGAGAAUCCUUGAGGGGUCAAAAGCACUUAGAAGGGUAAAAAAUGUCCAGAAGGAUGAAGCAUUACUGAUGGAGAGGACAUCUCUCAAGGCUUCCAUUGAAAACUUGAGGCAAGCUGUGAUCAGUAGUGGUGUUGAGUUUGCCAUCAUUGGGAAAGUGAGCGAGCAGAUAAUUAAUGUUCUGGAGCCGAACCAUGGUGUUCAAGAUAUGGCUGCCGGAUCCAUCAAGACAGAUGGGAAACAUGACAUUCCCAGACCCGCAACUAACUCGGGGGAGGUCGGCAACGACACCGGCGGGCAUGUCUCUAUGACCCCAGAGAGCCGUGACGACGAUCGGCAAUCCCAAGGUGGUGUCUCUUCUGCGCUAGUAAGUACCAGCAGUGGCAGUGAUGAUGGAGAUGGCAGAGUGCCCGGUGUGACGGUGUCACACAUAGUACCUGUUACAAGUGUCACUAACGGUUCAGGUUGCAAUCUCGUUUGCAAUUGCUCAGCAGUGCAGCCCGCCGGGAAUGUUGAUUGCUCGCGUGAUGGCGAUUCUCGUGAUGGGAACAGUAGUCAUUACUCUGCGUUGGCGAGGAGGGUUGUUCGGAAAUGGGGAAGUCUUUUCACUAGCCGUGGAAACUCUAAUGCUUUUGAAGAGGGUAGUGAUGAGGGCCACAGUGUCAAAGAGGGUGCACAGUUGACGAGAGAUGCACACGAGGAGGAAAAAGAGGUAGAGGAGCUCCUGCUGCAGUUUAAGCCCCCACCCCAUUUACAGGACUGUGGUCGUGCGACCAAAUUGUUUUCAGAAGCAGACAGAAGAAACCCAGAUGGUUCUCUCCCAAACUGGGCGCUUGACGAACCUCCGAAAUCGUUCUUGGAGGAGUUGGGUGGUAUCCUUGUAGACUCCUCUGGUUCCGCAUCAGAUUCUAUCCAUGGGCCCUUUCCUCCCUGGAUUCAUGGCGGUGAUGGUGAUAACUUGCCGUUGACUCGUAUUGUACAGAGGGACUUGUGGACUCUUCAGCAUCCAGGCAAUUGCAGCGCCCCGGACGUCCGAUUCGCUGUGGCAGAGUGGUGGCCCAUGAGUUACCAUGGAAUAGGGUCACAACUUCAUGGCAUGACAGCGUUGCUCGGUGCUGCCAUUGAAACGGGACGAGUUCUUGUGCCCGUCAACAACUACCAGCGAGCGGAUCAAGAUAACUGCAAGGGGGAUUUGCGUAAACGUCUCGACUGCUAUUUCUUUCCGCCAACCUCGCCGGAAUGUUACCGGCGUGCCAUGGAACUCCUAGAACAAGCAGAGCGACAGGAAAAGAAGGCGAAAGAAGAAAACAGGACCAUGCCGUACAGAGCUAAGGAUGAAGGGGUUUGGCAGCUUAUGGACGACAAGAACUUGCCUCUGGUUUACCUGGAGCAUGGCAAUGCGUUCAGCGCACCUGGAAGGAUCCCACAGCGAUGGGGAUCACCAUGGAAGAAGACGGUAUUGUCCGUCAUAAUGGAUGGGAAAGUGUUCGGGCAACUUCAAGGCGAUGGAAGUCGGACGCAGUGGUGGAGGGCCCAGGCCCUUCGCUAUCUUCUUCGUCAACCGACCGAGUAUCUGUGCCAGGUCGUAAAUCAUGUGCGCAACCGUGCUUUUGGGAUGCUAGUUGCAGAAGGGAUUAUUGCAUCCUCGAGGCGCUUGAGGAACGAGUCUCUCUACUUCGUCGAUGUGAAGGACAACCUUAACGACUGGCACCGUGUCAACAUCACAGAGGAUGAUGAGAUGAAUGCCCGUCGUGACGGUUCGCUUGUUGCUACGGGGCAGGGUCUGUACGUCCCUCGCCCCUUGGUCAGCAUUAUUGUUCGCUCUGGCGCAUUCAAAGCCGGCGAGAUGAAGCUGUACAGCCUCCCAUCCUUCAUGCGGAUCGCCGAACGGAUCCGACAGUACGAUCCGGACCUGAAGCAUGUAUGGCUAACUGCCGAUGUUCAGGAUUCCAUGAACCAGAGCAGUCGAUAUGAUGCGUGGAAGUUUUUCUAUUCCCAUCAGCAUAGGUUAACGAGGGAUGAGGAGGACUGGAAGCUAGAGAUGGAGGGGGGACAAAAUUGGGAUUCAGAAACUGCUCAUGCAGAUUUCGAGGUCGUGGAAACGUCGUUCGCAAAUCUGCUUAUAUCGUCCGAGGCAGACUACUUCAUUGGUGUUUUGGGAUCGAACUGGGCCAGGAUGGUGAAUGAGAUGAGAAUGACAAAUGGCCGCUUGUCCCGCAAGUACAUUACGGUUAACUAUGGCGAAUGGAGGAGAUGACUCAUCAUGACUGGCUGCUUCGUUUUCUCCUUCAAGUUGGUGCUGCUGCCAUUGACUUCCUGCUGACGUUGUUCUGCAGCAUUGCUCUGACACAAUGGUCGAGACGUUGUUCAUCCAGUGGCAUUCGUUCUGCAGAAGCGAAUGGAGGAGAUGACUCAUCAUGACUGGCUUUCGUUUUCUCCCUGGUGCUGCUGCCAUUGACUUCCUGCUGACGUUUUUCUGCAGCAUUGCUCUGACAGGAUGGUCGAGACUUCAUCGCGUGGCUGACGGACGGCCUUCCCAUUUUCCUGGUAGUGCUCCUUUCAGGGGUGCAUGAAAGGGGUCUCCACUUCGAUUGCGUAGACUGAAAUAAAAUUUGUAGAUAUUAGAAGGAACACCAAAAGCGAAGGCAGCUUCCUGGGUCUCUACUGACGCUGAGGUGCGAAAGCAUGGGGAACAAACAGGAUUAGAAAUU